AAACUGAAUUCAGCCCAUUUGACUAAACAUAUUUCAAAUGCUGUUCAGAGGCGAAUGGCUUCUCACGUGAAUAUUGUGGUUUACACGGCUAUCACUUUCUUAAAAAUUUAACGGGAUACUUAAAAAUGUGUUAUAGAAUACUAUUAGUAAGUCUUUGUGUCAUUAAAAUAAACAUAGUUGACUGUAAACGAAAUUUUUACCCAUGUGGGCCACGGCAUGCAUGUUCAUGUGAAAACAACACUGACACCGAAAUGACAAUGGACUGUGAGGGCAGGGGUAACCUGAGGCUUUCGGAGAUAUGCUCUAAAAUUGCCACCAAGGAGUAUGCAUCCGUGAUUCUAAGGGCUGGCAGAAACAACUUAGGAAAGUUGAUUGCUUUGGACCUUAAAGGAUGUGAAAAUCUUACAGAAUUAUACUUAAAUUAUAACCAAAUAUAUAUCGUUGAAAGAGACACAUUUCAGGAUUUCCAUCAAUUAUUCAAAUUAGAUAUAUCCCGAAAUCUGCUACCGGUGUACAGCGGUAACUGGAAUGCAUCUUUUCUACCGAACACUUUGAAGACGCUCAAGCUUCAUGGAUGUCAAAACGAAGUUUUACUGAAUGCUUCAGUACCUGACUUUGUUGAUCAGAAGAACUUAAGCAGUCUCACAAUUGAUGGCUACCCAAAUGUUUCGUUCAACUUUUCAACACUAACACACGUGUCUUUUUCGGGAUUGAACCUCCAAUCCUACUGUAAUCUCUCACGAAUAGACAACAACACGUUCUCGCAUUUGAGAUCGCUCAAAGUUCUUAACAUAUCCGCAUGUGGAAUCCAUAGCAUCACAGCAGGGGCAUUCGAACAUCUUCACGGUCUUGAGGUUCUAGACAUUUCUUACAACCGACAGCUGGGGAUGAAAUUAUUCGCGAAUAUAUCGUAUGGCUUGCAGUUUUCGAAGAUCGGCUUCUUGAACAUAUCCUUCGUUUUAAACACAUUUGGAAUAGGCACCAAAGUUACUGUAUCGGAUCUGUGCUACUUCUGGAACACAACAGUUGAAGAUUUAGACAUAUCGGGAAAUAGAAUUGAGAUAAUUGAAACAAAUGCGCUUAUACUUAUUCCUACAUCAUUGAAAACAAUACGCAUGGAUAUGAACAAAUUCACGUUUGGACCAUAUUUACUGCAACUCAGUUGCAUGAGAAACGUUCAGACAGCGAAAGGUUCAUAUCUUAAUUAUGCAUUCAAUCCCAUGAAAUAUACCGCUGAGCACGUUAAGGAUUUUCAUAGACCCCCAAUCGACAUAGGUCAGAACUCGUGUCCUUAUUGCAAUGACUCGUUUUUGAAAAAAAGGGCAAAGUCUUCCGAAGAAUGCCGCUACUUUGAACCUGAUUUUAACAACAUAUAUGAUAAUGUUCGGUUUCCAUUUCGAUUGGAAAACAUAAUUUUUAAUGACGGCAAUUUUGUUUAUAAUUUAGACAUACAAUAUAAUUUUGAGCCAACUAAUAAUUCAAUCCGGUUCAUUGAUCUUUCGGGAAAUGUAUUUAAGUCGUAUAUUGGAUAUUAUGGUCAUCUUCAUAACAUGGAAAUUUUCAACAUAUCUCGGUGUUCUAUUAAAACAAUCGGCCUCAAUACUUUAAAUUUCACAUCAUUGAAAGUUUUAAGACUCUCUCAUAAUGACUUAGGUUCUCAAAUGGCGGAUCCAUAUCGAUCAAAUAUCUUUGAUAAGCUGCAAUCCCUUCAGGAUUUAGAUCUUUCGUCCAAUGGGAUAACAGUAUUGUUUUCUUCGACCUUUGCAAUGUUGUAUAAUUUGGUGCGUUUAGACUUGAGUAACAACAAUAUUGAACGUUUCGAAAUAAGAAUAAACAUGUUAUCUAAUCUUUUGUCAUUGAAUUUUUCUGUUAACUCGAUACAUACGCUUUCUGCUAGCGUGCAGCAUCAGCUUGAAUCCAAUGAAAAACUGAAUUCUACGUUUUGUGUGGAUUUAACAAAUAAUUCAUUAACAUAUGAUUGCAAUAAUCAAGAAUUUCUGCACUGGUUGUUAAAACAUAAAAAGAACAUGUUUGGAUUCGAAAACUACAAGUUCAUUACAUCUGCCAAUAAUGCUCUGAAUUCCAAAGAAUUUUGCGAAGACAUUGGAAACCUUACCUACAGGUGUAAAUCAUACACGGCUGUGAUUGUUAUAUGUUGCAUAGUUUUUGUGACAUUCAGUUCAUUAGUUAUUGGAGGAGUUAUAUACAAAAAUCGAUGGAAACUUCGUUACUUUUUGUUCAUGUCGAAGAAGAGGUAUUUUGGAUAUAGAAUGCUUCCGGAUUAUACUGUCAUUGAGAACUAUAAAUAUGAUGCAUUUAUCUCCUACUCUGAAGACAAUAUACGUUUCAUUCGAGACGAGUUCCUACCACGAGUGGAGACAGAACACGUGUCGCUUUGCAUUCACCAGAGAGAUUUUCUCGCUGGUAACGCCGUCUCAGACAACAUCAUUCAGGCAAUCGACAGCAGCAGAAAAACGGUAGUCAUAUUGUCAAAUUCGUUUCUAAAGAGCAAGUGGUGUAUGUACGAGUUCAACAUGGCGCGAAUGGAGAGCAUAUAUUCUAGAGGUAAUAGCGUAUCUCUUGUUAUAGUUAUGAUAGAACAAGUGUCCCAUAGAGCUAUGCCGUUGGAAAUGGUCCGGUGGAUACAGGACAAUAAUUACAUCGAAUACUCAACGGAUCAAGAGGGAAACACACUUUUUUGGGAAAAACUUCAGAACGUUAUAAGAUCAUUGUAAAAAUUAUUUUUUUUUAACUUGUUUUUAAAACAAAAGCAUAUAGCAUGGUCUUAUUCUUUAUAAAGUUAUGUGCACGCAUGGAUAUUGCUUUGAAUAAUUUUGAAGUGUUUUUAUUGAUUACAACUUUGAGAAAUUAUAUAGCUAGCGUGAUAUUUAUAUUGUGUUUCCCUGUUAAAAGGAAUAUUCGAAGUAUAUUUUAAACAUGUAUUUGCAUGAUGAACACAGGAAAUGAAUGCUGCAUUUGUAUAGGUGUUUUGUUUGGAAAUCAUCCCAAAUACUUUUUAUUGUAAUAUGAUUUUGUAAAUUAUUUACGUUGUUUCAUUGUGGAAGUGACUAAAAAUUAAUAUUAUAUUUAUGUAAAUGACAUAUUAUUGAGUAUAAAUGACUAAUGUUUGAUUAAAGGAACAUUACUACUCAAAAUCAGCGAAAUUUUCGUACAAUAUUUCGUAAAAUAAAGCUAAAUAAAUAAAACUCAUUGUUCCUUAUGGCAAUUGCCGAAAUUUCAACGCCAGAUGUGGUCUGGUGAAAUAGAUGUUUGUGGAUACAAAAUGCUCGUUUUUAUCAUGGUUUUAACAUGGUACCAUUUUAGUGUUCGUGUGUCGUAUGAAUAGAUAUAUUCGCCGGAAAUUAGCAUGGAAUUUAUUGUGUCUAAAAUAAAUAAAUACGAGCAUUUUGUAUCUACAAAAAUCUAUGUAAUCAUACCACACCUAGCGUUGAAAUUGUGGCUAUUGCUAUAAGGAACACUGAUUGUUUAGGUUUUAUUUUUUUUACGAAAUACUUUACGAAAUUUUCGUUGAUUUUGAGCGUUAUAGAGACUUUAAGAGUACACUUUAGUUUUUCAAAUUACAAAUCCAUGACAUGUACCUUUAAUAUUCUUGAGUGUAUAUUUUAAUUGAAUUAGUAAACAACGACAAGCAUAUCUGUAACACUGUAAGUAAAAAAUAUACAGGUGCAACUCCUUAUUUUUAGAUACACAAUUAUAAGCAAAAUGUUAAUAGUAUUUGUGUAUUUGUAUAUUACAAUAUACUUUAAAUAUUUCUGAUCGCUAAGGCCACACCAAAUUAAUGACAUUUUCGUCGGAUUUAACGCUUUUUGUAUAAUGACAUACAAAUCGUUUUAAAUCGUUAAAAUGCAUAUAAUGGAUAUUUAAGAUCAGCGUGAAUGUUUAGGUUAAAUGUCUCAUUGCAAAUAUCAUAUCCAUAACGAAAAUGUGCGAAUUUGAAACGUUUUUUUCAUAUAUUGAUUUUGUCAAAUACGCAAAACGCGAAAACGUCCUUUAAUGUCCACAAUCAGUCUGUACCUAAAACAUACUGCGACAAUGGUAGUCAUGAAUAUAUUUAUAAUAUGCCGUUGAAAGAACCCAUUUUAAGAGUUGCCCCGUAAAUCAUUUCAGAAUUUACUAGAAGACGUAAUGUCUUCUGUUGCAUGUUGUCUAUUGAGAAGUACAAGAACAUUGCAUGAUUCUGUUCUUGUUGUUGUUCUUUUGUGUAUUCAGAAAAAAAGUAUCAUGUUUGAAAUGCAGUUAACUGUUUAAGUUCCUAGUCUGAAUAUGUAAAUUAAAACGAUUUUCAAAGAUAA